AGCUCAGCGGGCACUUCCCCGGGGAGGAAGCGGCCCGGAUUUCCCCCAGGUGUGGCUGGAGGUAUAAAGGGCGCCGGGAGCCGGGAGGCUCCAGGACCGCAGCCGGUGCACCUGCCUCUUGCAGCCCAGCGCCGCCGCCGCCGCCACCAUGCUCCUCCCUGGCCUCUUGCUUCUGUUCUGGACGCCUGCCAGCCUGGCCCGCCACGGCCCCCAGCUCUGGGGGGGCCCCCACGCCCACGGGACCCCACGCUGCUACUCGGCCGAGGAGCUGCCUCUGGGCCAGCCCCCGCCGCAUCUGCUGGCUCGAGCCGCCAAGUGGGAGCAGGCUUUGCCCGUAGCCCUGGUGUCCAGCCUGGAGGCGGGGGGCCGCAGGAGGCGGCACGACGGCCCCCCCGCUGGGACCCAGUGCCCGGUGCUGCGUCCUGAGGACGUGCUGGAAGCCGGCAUCCACCAGCGUUCCAUCUCCCCCUGGAGAUACCGCGUGGACACGGACGAGAGCCGCUACCCGCAGAAGCUGGCCUUCGCCCAGUGCCUGUGCAGGGGCUGCGUCAGCGCCAGGACGGGCCGCGAGACGUCGGCGCUCAACUCGGUGCCGCUGCUGCAGAGCCUGUUGGUGCUGCGCCGCCAGCCCUGCUCGCGGGAGGCCACGGGGCUGCCCACGCCCGGGGCCUUCUCCUUCCACGCGGAGUUCAUCCGCGUGCCCGUCGGAUGCACCUGUGUCCUGCCCAGGUCGGCUCGGUGAGCCCCGGCCUCGGCCGGCCUCGCCUGCGCCCCCCCCACCCCGCGCUGGACAGUCGGGGGGCUCUCCCGGGAGGGCCCCCCUAUUUAUGGGUAUUUAUUGCUUAUUUAUUUGCCCCACGGGGUCCCCGGGCAGGUACCGAGGCUCCGGGCCUCGGGGUUGAGGAACGACGGCGGACGCCACGCCCCGAACGGUUGUGUCCCCCCGUGCCUGGAGGGUGACUCUGCUGCUCGGGCCCAUCUCGAGACUCGGUUUACCCUUUCUGCAAAAACACUUGGGCUGGAAGGACUCUUUGUCUUCUUCUAGAACUUUCUUAAACAACACGAACGGUGUUCUGAUGA